AUAUAGGACUUGCCUUAGCCUCCCAUGGUGAGUCAGGGGUGGAGCAAGGAUUAGAGAUCAGGCCUCUGCAAUCUUGGUAUACCCCUUGUCCAGCCCAAUCUCUCUCUCUCUCACACACACACAUACACACCACGAUGCUUCCCUGUAAGAGAGAUUGUUCUUGUUCUCUCCUCAUGCCCCUACAUCCUUGCCCAUUCUUAUUGUCUGCAUUAUCCAAGGGAACCAGUUGACAUUGUCCAGAUCUGUCAGCUAAGAUGGCAUGCUUUGACCUUGUAAAAUGUCUGGGAUACUUUUUAAUCAUCGGACAUGCUUCUCAUAGUGUCCCUGCCCGGUUUCCUUUAGGCUCACCUGUUCCUAGAGCAAUGUCUUCACAGCAGCAGCAGCAGCAGCAGCACGGCCUACCCCAGAGGGCCCAGCAGCAGCAAGUGAAGCAACCUUGUCAGCCACCCCCUGUUAAAUGUCAAGAGACAUGUGCACCCGAAACCAAGGAUCCAUGUGCUCCCCAGGUCAAGAAGCAAUGCCCACCGAAGGGCACCAUCAUUCCAGCCCAGCAGAAGUGUCCCUCAGCCCAGCAAGCCCCCAAGAGUAAACAGAAGUAAGGAUGGACUGGAUAUUACCAUACUCCACCAUCCUGGCUAUCAGAUGGAACCUUCUCUUCUUCCUUCUCUUCUUCCCUCCAGCUCUUGAGCCUACCCUCCUCUCCCAUCUCCUCCUGCCCAAGAUGUAAGGAAGCUCUGUAAGGAUUUCUUCCCAUCAUACCCCUCCCCACACAUACCACCUUGGCUUCUUCCAUAUCCCACCCUGAUGCUCUCCCAGGUAGGCAUGAGAGAGACCUCAUCCUCUCCAGGCUCCAGCAUGGCCACAUCUAAGGCCCAUCCAUUCCCCAAAGUGAGGAAAGUGUCUGGGCUUUUUCUGGGGUUCCACCCUGACAAGUAGGGUCACAGAGACUGGCACACAGUUUCUGCCUCAUUCCUCUCCCUGAUGCCCCCUAAUCUGGGCUUCUCUCCUGUUUUCCCCAAUAAAUAAUGUGCUUCAUGUAAUAAAUGUGUCUGCUUCC